GACAGGACGACAUCUCUUUUAUUUGAUUAUGAACUUGCUUUCAGGACAUGAAAUCCCAAUAGAAAAUUUGAUUGGAUUUGCGGCACAUGGCGCCAGUAACAUUAUGGGCCAGCAUAAUUCAUUAAUUAGUAGACUGAAGAAAGCAGCACCAGGUAUCACAAUUUAUAAAUGCGCCUGUCACUCAAUUCACCUUUGUGCCUCAAACGCAGCGAAGACACUUCCAAGAAAAUGUGUACUGGAGCAAUGGAGACCCCUCACCUUGUAUUUCUCAAAUAAGCAUUUAGAAGACAGAUUGACAUCUUCACAAUCAAUAUAUAAUGCCUUGCAAGACUCAUAGUUGCUUAUAUAUUUUCAAUUUUUAGAUUUUAUAUUGCCAUAUUUUAACAAUUUCAAUAAGCUAGGAUUUUGUACUCAGAUAUUUUAAGGUUUUAUUAUAUGCCUAGUAAAGUUACUGAUAGUCAGCUCAAUAUUAUUGACUCUAGUGAUGAAACAAACUUUAUUCAUUCCCUUGAAUCAAGUAUUCUUAGGUGCUAAUGUUCACAAAUCAUUCCAAGAACCGAAUAUAGCUGCAAAUGAUACAAUGAUUGCUGAUAUUAAAAGCAGGUGUCGACAGUUCAUGGAAACAGCUUGUGUUCAAAUAAAGGAGAGGUUUUCUUUAAACUCGAAAUUGUUGCAGUUAUGCAGUACACUAUCUGUCGCAAAUUGUAUAAGAAAUUACGCCCUACUAAGUAUGCUAACACUGUCCGAGUUAGUCAUAGAGGUCCCACUAAUAUAUUCAGGUGAUGUUCAGAAAUUGGAUUAUGAAUGGAGACAUAUACCUAAUGUAGACAUCCCAGGAGAUACAAAAGCAUCAAUAAUGCGGAGGCAUUUUUCCUUUAUCUUGCAAAUGUAAAGAAUGAAAAUGGUCAACCAGAAUUCAAAAUUUUGCCUACGUUUGCUCUGAAUAUUGUUUCCCUACCCACGUCAAAUGCAGAUGCCGAAAGAAUAUUUUCGAAGAUGAAUUUGAUAAAAACCAAAACUAGGAACAGGCUUUCCACCUCAACCCAAGCAGCUUUAGCAAUUGUGUCGGAAACCGUAGAGAGAGAGGGUGGCUGUGUGCAAUUCGAACCUACUGCAAAGACGAUUAAGGUAGUACAAAGAAGCCCAGAACAACAUGAGAAUGUUGAGGACGAACAGGAAGACAUACUUUAGGAUCAGUAAUUGAAAAGUUUUUGCCGUUAAUAUUAGCAUUUUUUAGUAAGUAAUAAUUGGGAGACAUUUGAAAUAUCUUUUGCCAAAGAAAAUUUUAUUUUUGUUACAGUAUAUCUAUUCUGUUAUAUCAGUCACUAAUUUAUUGUUAUAUGUUGACCUUACAUUAUAACGCUCCAAAUAUUUAUUACUGUUUAGAAUCUGGUAGCCAGAUAGGCCAUACUUAAGAAUUGUAUGAAAUAUUUCAUGCUAAAGAUGUGUUAUGUGCUGUAUCUAUUUUAUGUCAAAAUUUUUUAUUUCGUUCAUAUACUGUAUUUUGUUAAAAAAAUAAAAAAAAUAUAUAAAAUCAUCUUCGUUAGAGUGAUGAAUGUUAAUGAUGAAAGUUACAUAUAUUUUCAUCAUGACAUUUGUCAGCUCCAUUUAAUAUGAAUGGGAUGCAAUUUAUAGCUGCUCUAAUUUUCUUUAGUUAUCCAAGAAAUGAAAGUCAAGUUUACACAAAUACCCGUUUGAAGGCCGUUUUCGUUACCACCAGUCGGAACCAGACGGAAUUCAUAUGCGGAUCCAGUGGCAACACUGUUACUACUACUAGCUACUACUACGAGUACGACUACAACUACUAGUAGACGACAUCGGUGCGGUAACGUGUUAUUCUCCCUUUGUUUUGUGUUUGUUCUGAGUUAAACGUGACCACAACGAACAAAGCAAAGAGAAGAAGCUCAAGCAAACACAAACAAAGGAGGAAUAAAAGAAGCAAGGGAGCCGUUUCAAAGGCAUAUCCCACCCACUACUACUACUACUACUAGUCUACGAUAUUCCUAACCUGCUUCUCGUCAUUCAUUACCUGUGGAUAUAACCUGUACUACUGUUACGGAUGAUCACUGAUCUGUGAAGGAACAAACAUGUUUUCUUCAGUAUCAUGUUAAUUUUCCACAAUAACAUACUCUAGAGUCUCCCUCAGAAGAACCUUCCUUCCUUUGUCAGUUUUGAUUAGCAUCAGGAUUUUGGGAAUGCAUGUUGUUUAAUGGUACUACAUGGAACAUUACCAAUAGCAAUUCUUAAAGUGUAUGGGACAACAGUGAAUUAUUGUAUGCAUAUUUAACAAAUUUAAACAAGUAAAAUUUGUUUUGAAUAUUAGAUUCAUACAUUAGCAGUGACAUCUGGUUGUAGUCCUUCAAGAUAUUGUACUUAAUUUUUAACAGAUUUAUUCGGUAAUUAUUUGUAAACAAUUUUAUGUUAAGAGUUGUGAAUUGAACACAUUGUCAUUACAGAACAGGACAGGACAUAAAGGCUAAAAUGAAUCCAGGACAUUCUUUAGAAUUUCCUUUGAAAAGUGAAACUGAAGGUGCAUUAUCACUACCUUCCAUAAAUCAAGAAAACAGCAACUUGGCUGCCUUUAGUGGAACCAGUGAUGGAGACUUUUUGUCUCUGGAUCCAUUGAUGGACAUCAAAAUAGAGCCAGAGGAAUUCUGUGAGUCUAAUGAAGAUGAUGAAUAUUCAUAUGAAAUGAAUUCAAUAGUGAAUGAAAAACAUCCAGAAACUUGCAAAAAGGAAGUGAAACAAGAAAGAAGGAUCUGUGACAAUGGAGAGAAGCCUUUCGUAUCCACUUACUGUGAGAAAGCAUUUUACAAGAAAAUUAAUCUUACAAAUGAUAUCACAAAUCCUACCAGAGAGAAAUUCAUAUGCAAUGACUGUGGGAAAACAUUUUCCUGGAAACAUAAUCUUAUAGCUCAUAUGAGAAUCCAUACAGGAGAGAAGCCAUUCAUGUGCAAGGAAUGUGGGAAAGGAUUUGCCCACAAACAUCAUCUUACAAUUCAUAUGAAAAUCCAUACUGGAGAGAAACCAUUUAUGUGCAAAAAAUGUGGGAAAGCAUUUUCCCGCAAAAUACGUCUUACACUUCAUAUGAGAUUGCAUACUGGAGAGAAGCCAUAUAUGUGCAAUGAAUGUGGGAAAGCAUUUUCCCAGAAACCAAGUCUUACAAGUCAUAUGAAAUUGCAUACUGGAGAGACGCCAUUUAUGUGCAAAGAAUGUGGGAAAGCAUUUUCCCGCAAACUACAUCUUACAUUUCAUAUGAGAUUGCAUACUGGAGAGAAGCCAUAUAUGUGCAAUGAAUGUGGGAAAGCAUUUUCCCAGAAACCAAGUCUUACAAGUCAUAUGAAAUUGCAUACUGGAGAGAAGCCAUAUAUGUGCAAGGAAUGUGGGAAAGCAUUUUCCCAGAAACCAAAUCUUACAAGACAUAUGAGAUUUCAUACUGGAGAGAAAUCAUACAUGUGCAAGGAAUGUGGGAAAGCAUUUUCCCAAAAGCAACAUCUUACAAGUCAUAUGAGAAUCCAUACUGGAGAGAAGCCAUUCAGGUGCAAGGAAUGUGGGAAAGCAUUUUCCCAGAAAUCAAGUCUUACAGAUCAUAUGAGAUUGCAUACUGGAGAGAAGUCAUAUAUGUGCAACGAAUGUGGGAAAGCAUUUUCCCACAAACCAAAUCUUACAAGACAUAUGAGAUUUCAUACUUCAGAGAAGUCAUAUAUGUGCAACGAAUGUGGGAAAGCAUUUUCCCACAAACAUCAUCUCACAAUUCAUAUGAAAAUCCAUACUGGAGAGAAUCCAUUCAGGUGCAAGGAAUGUGGGAAAGCAUUUUCCCAGAAAUCACAUCUUGCAAGUCAUAUGAAAAUCCACACUGGAGAGAAACCAUUCAGAUGCAAGGAAUGUGGGAAAGCAUUUUCCCAGAAAUCAAGUCUGACAAGUCAUAUGAGAAUGCAUACUGGAGAGAAGCCAUAUAUGUGCAAGGAAUGUGGGAAAGCAUUUUCCCACAAACCAAGUCUUACACAUCACAUGAGGUUGCAUACUGGAAAGGAAAAAGAAACAACAUGAUAAAAUAAACCAGUUAAGUGCAGAGAUGUCUCAAAUGACCAACUAUAUGAGAGAUCAAAAUCACUGAUAAAAUCUGCUCAAGAAAAUAAGGAAAAUAAAGAAAAAAUACAGAAUAGGGGAUGAACAAAUGAGUGGAAAACUGGCAGAUCAACAAGCCAAUAUAAAGGCCCUAGCUUCACAAAUAGGAAAAAACAACAGGAGAUAAAUGUAAAACAGAUAAAUAGGCAGUUUGGUGAAAAUCCAAAGAUUGUGUAUAGGAAGAUUACGAAAGAAACAGUGGAGGUAUGAACAUCAUCGAGCAAGGAAUACCUAGAGAAAUUUUGGAAGCCACUGUUUGAAGACCCUAGACAACACCAAGAGAAUUCAUAAACCAGCUGGCAAUACCAUUGGUGACAUGCGGUUUUGGCAUUAUAGACUGGCAACAAGGUGAGUUAGACAGGAUGGAUAUUAAAAGAUUCUCACCCUACAUUAAGUCACAUACAGACACCAGUGUAUGGACAUAAUAUACAUCCCUCACAGAGAAGGUGGAUUAAGCCUGGCUGAGAUCAACCAGGCCUACAGAACAGCAAUAAUAAGUCAAAAGACACGAGAAUUCACACUAGACAGAAACUGUUUACUUGAUCUCUGUCAAAGUAGUUUUUAUUACAUGAUUUUAUUUAAUUUGACUCCUGCGUCUGUUUUGAAUGAAGGUGUCUCAAAAGGUGUGUGAAAACUCAUGCUAGAAAGAAGUCAUAUCCUGUAUCUGCACUUGUUUUCCAAGAGUUCUUUUUCAUUAGGUUUUUUCAUUAGGUUCAUCUUAGAAUGAAUGUGUUAACUCAGAAGAAAGACAUUCUUCCACACGAUGUUGAAACAGUUUUUCUCUUGUAGAUUCAUAACACAUGGGAGCACUCAUGGAGGAUAGAUAUUAUCCUUUUACACUGCAUGUUGUACUUUUGUCUUGUAUUCUGCAAAUCAUAGUCAUUGGUUCUGAAUGCCAGACUGUUUUUCAGGUGUCAAAAUGCACAAGCAAAGUCACUCAUCAGAGAGGAUGUUCAGUUGCACUGACAGAUUUGUUAAUGUUUUGCACCCCAAAGUAAGUUGCACUUGAUGGGGAGAUAAUUAUUGUGAACUUGUCUGCAAAAUCUAUAGAAAAAAAGGCAACAGCAACCUAAGGGACGAUAAAAAGAAAAACCACAUAUUUUUAUGAUCCAAUUCAUGACCAUCAUCAUUGCUGUUACUUAAAGAAGAGAAAGAGCAUCUGGAGGAGGGUCUCACUGAAAACGCAGAUGAAGGCUCUUCAUUUGCAGUCUUUAUUAGAAGUCAAGCCAGAGCCAGAGUAUUUUGGCCGGAGUGAAUUUGAUGCAAAAUGGUUGUGUAACCUUUAUGCAAAGGUGAAAUAAAUUAUUGUUUUUUUCUUACAAUUGUUUUCAAUGAACACUACAGUGCUAGGUUAAGAAACUUUCAUUUACCUUCUCCACUCUUCUUGUUCAUGUGUAUUUUUUGUAUGAUUUCCAAAUAAAGAAUUAGUAUUGUCUUUGGCUGACACAAAGUUUUCUUCCUUUUGUUAUUCAGCAUUGUGCAUAUAUACACAGGUAUAUGAAGUUGUAAGCUUGAAUAUUACCAUGAAAUGUUAUUCUUAGUGGAAAUAGAAAGGAUUGAUAUCUUCAUUAAACUUCAAUGAAAUUUUGGUGCAUUUUUUAUAUGAUUAUUUUUUUAUGUUCUUGGUUUUAAUCUUCUACAAAGAUUGUGCUACAGCAUUUGUGAGUAAAUCAUAAUUCCUUGUAUCAGCUUACUAAAUACUAUAGUGGACUGUGUAGUAUUUUGUUUUAGGUUAACCAGUCUGAAGUGUUUAGACUAGACUGGUUAUGUAAAUGACUAAAGUGAUGUGUUAUUCUGAUUAGAUUAAACCUCUUUUUUUAUUUUAUUUCAUUGUAUAAACUUUGAAAAUACUG